AUGUGAAUUAUUUUUAUGUGUUUACUUUUCAGUAUUCAGAAUUUUGUCUUGUACCUUUUAAGUAGAAACGACAAAAGUCAUACAGAGAUGCUUGACGCCAAAGUUAAAAAACAUAAGGUCUCCAAGAAAACAAAAAAAUCUUGGAGGAAACACAUUGAUAUCAAAGAUGUAGAUACAUUUCUUGAUAAUAAAAGAUUAAACGAACGAUUGGGUGUUCCUUUCUCUGAACGCACAGAUACUCAAUUAUUUACUAUUGACAAAACUGCUGAUGUGAAAACUGGAAAUGCAAUUUCUAAGCAUACUGCUAGAUUAGCAUUACAGAAUAAAGAAUCAAGAUGUUUUGCUUCCUUAAAACCUCAUACAUGUGUCCCUGAUCCAAUUUCUAAAAGAAACCGAAUAAAAACUAAAGAAGAACGCAUAAACCCUGUAUUUUGUCAACGUGAAGUAAAAAGGCAAAUGAAGGGUGUUCUUAAGUUAAAAGAAAAGGAAACGCUGAAGAAUAGAAUUCUUGCAAAAGCUACUUUAUCAAAUCGUCCUGGGAGAGAAGAGAUAAAAGAUGAUAUAUGGAGUAGUAUAAAUAUGUUAUUACCAGAAACAGUGACUGAAUGGAUGUCUUCAGAUAGCAUUAGACAUACGAUUAAUCAUUUGGGAACAAAGAAAAGAAAAUUACCAUUGCGUAAAAAACCAUCCAUUUUAUCUGCAGUGGAAACUCCACAUCCAGGUACAUCUUAUAAUCCAUCUUACAAUGAUCACCAGGAAUUAUUGCACAAAGUUGCACAGAAAGAAUUGGAGCUUAUCAAGCAAGAAGAACAUUUGGACAGAGUCACAAAUCAAAUGUUUAAAAAGAUUUCACUACAGAAAAGAGAUGAGAAUAUGAUAAAAGAAAUGUCAGAAGGUUUGCCAAAGAAUCAAACCAUAUCAAAUUGUAAGUCUAUUGAGGAAGACCGGGACAAAGAAGAUUUACCCAUUGUAAUAACAAAUGGUAAAUCUAUAAAGAAUAUUAAAAAAACACUUGUGCAAAAAAGGAAACAACGAGAACAAAAACAAGCAACUAAUGAACGUGCAUUAGCUAAACUGGAGAAAAAAAAAGUUUCUGACAUCUAUAAAUUAAAAAUUUUGCAAAAGCAGAUAGAGGCGAAGGAGAGAAAGCAAGAAUUCUUGCGACAGAAACGAAUAGACAAACAUGAGAGAGAAUCUCUUAUGCCAAAGACUCUAAGUAAGACAAAAUUUGAACCCAUUGAUCCUGAUUUUCAACUUGCAGAAGAACUGACUGGCAAUUUGAGGAGUUGCACACCUUCUAAAAAUUUGUUGAAAGAACGAUACAAAUCGCUCCAACACAGAAACAUUAUUGUACCAACUGUUAUAAAAUUGUAAGUAUAAGAAAAGUAUGAAUUUA